AUGUUCCAUACACCACGACAGCUAGACAUUCAUACCCGCCAGGCUCACCCCUCUGCCCGUCCCCGGAAACCUUCCCAUCCCCGCAGGGUUCCGGGGAAACUCCACCCCUGCCCGCAGUGUGCCCGCAGAUUCCCUUACCUGGGCACCCUGCUGAAGCACUGCAAGAAUUUGCACAAAAUGGCCGUUGUUCGCAUCGAUGGACACCUCAGUUGCGCGGAGUGUGGGAAGAGCUUUGAGAAUUGUUGGGGAUUGGGGCCUCACCGGUGUCACGAACCAGAGGGCACUAAACUUAAGGACACUAAGCCUGUGAUAUGUCUGGAAGUCGGCUUCCAUUGCUCUGAGUGUGGCAAGAUCCUCACUACUCCUACGAGCCUGAACACUCACAUGCGCAUCCACACCGGAGAGAAGCCUUAUGAAUGCAAGGAGUGCGGCAAAAGAUUCUCGAACGGCAGCAGUUUAGGCAAACACCUGCUGAUACACAAGGGGGUCAAAGAAUUCAAAUGCCAGGAUUGUGGGAAGGCUUUCGCCCAGGCAAACCUUCUGAGGAAUCACAUGACCGUUCACUCUGGUGAGAAACCAUACACCUGUACAGAGUGCGGUAAAAGCUUCACUCAGUCUGGAGAUCUGGCUAAACACAAGCGUCACCACACUGGGGAGAGGCCGUUUGAAUGUUCUGAAUGCCACAGCCGGUUUAUCUGUUCAGGUUCUCUGACCCUGCACAUGAGGACCCACACUCACCGUGAUAAUUCAAAUGAAGAAGCACUCAAGAUGAAGAGCAAACCUGGGUAA